UCCGGUGCCCCUGGGCCCAGGUGCCUCCGUCACCAGGUGCCCAAGUGCUCCGGUGCCCAGGUGCCUCUGUGACCAGGUGCCCAAGUGCUCCUGUGCCCAGGUGCUCCGGUGCUCCGGUGCCCCUGUGCCCAGGUGCCUCCGUCACCAGGUGCCCAAGUGCUCCUGUGCCCAGGUGCCCCCGUGCCCAGGUGCUCCGGUGCCUCCGUGACCAGGUGCCCAAGUGCUCCUGUGCCCAAGUGCUCCUGUGCCCAGGUGCCCCCGUGCCCGGGUGACCAGGUGCCCCGGUGCCCCCGUGCCCCGGGACCAUGAGCGGGCAGCGCGUGGACGUGAAGGUGGUGAUGCUGGGCAAGGAGUACGUGGGAAAGACCAGCCUGGUGGAGCGAUACGUGCACAACCGGUUCCUCGUGGGGCCCUACCAGAACACCAUCGGGGCAGCGUUCGUGGCCAAGGUGAUGUCUGUUGGCGACCGGACGGUGACCCUGGGCAUCUGGGACACGGCUGGCUCCGAGCGCUACGAAGCCAUGAGCCGCAUUUACUACCGGGGAGCCAAGGCUGCCAUCGUGUGCUACGAUCUGACAGACAGCAGCAGCUUCGAGCGAGCCAAGUUCUGGGUGAAGGAACUGCACAAUCUGGAGGAGGGCUGCCAGAUCUACCUGUGCGGCACCAAGAGCGACCUGCUGGAGGACGACCGCAGGCGGAGACGCGUCGACUUCCACGACGUCCAGGACUUCGCCGACGACAUCAAAGCUCAGCUCUUCGAGACGUCCAGCAAGACGGGGCAGAGCGUAGACGAGCUGUUUCAGAAGGUGGCCGAGGAUUUCGUCAGCAUCACGGCCUUCCAGGUGAUGACCGAAGACAAGGGCGUUGACCUGAGCCAGAAGGGGAACCCCCACUUCUACAGCUGCUGCCACCACUGAGCUGCCGCCUCUUCUUCCUCCUCCUCCUCCUCCUCCCCAUCCUCCCCCUCCUCUCCUCUCCCGGGGCAGGAGGGGCCGGGCCGGGGUCUGCCGGCCCAGAGCCGAGGCCCGGGCGGCCCCGAGGGCGGGGGCCCGGGGUGCCCGCCGGAGCUCGGGGGUCUGCACGGUAUCUAAGCGUCUUCUGACUUGUAAAUAAAAUCACCCCAUCGGGA